AUGGAGGGAUACACUCAAGUCAAGGUGCUCCACUCUGGCCUCCCAGCCUACGCGCCCCUCGUCCCCACCUCGGCCCUCCCCACCAUCGCCUUUGUGAGCCUGUGUGCCGCCUUUGCCCUCACAUUCACCCUCACAACCCUGCACAAGUCGUCCAUCCCCGUCGUCGAGCUCGUCACCGCCCUCGUCGCUGCGGCGCUGGCGGGCGGUGGCGUCGUGGCCCUCUUCUGCACCGUUGGCGUGUAUGUCUAG